AUGCCUCGCGGUAUAUGGGAGCUGGCCCGGCUACACACCCGUGAAGCCUGGCUAUGUUGGUAUCCCGCCAUCUGGGGGGCAUGUGUGGCCGCCGGUAUGCGAAAUACCUCGCUGGAACUGGCGCCAUUCCUCCGUUUAAUCUUCGGAAUUUGGGCUAGCGUGACAUCUACACAUUGCGCAUUUUGUACCUUCAACGAUCUCUGCGACCAAAAACUCGAUAAACAUGUCGAGCGAUGCAAGGUCCGCCCUCUGCCAGCUGGGAUGAUCACCACCUCUGAGGGCAUUUUAGCUUUCAUCUGCUGGUUGCCGAUCACACUCGCUGUUACUUGGAGCACAUUGGGCCCGGUCGUCACAGCGGGCUUCAUUCCCGUAUGGGUGCUGAGCACCAUCUACCCGUUCAUGAAGCGCAUCAUGCCAUUCCCGCAAGUGAUCCUGGGAGCGAUAAUUGGCGGCGCUGUGUUCCCCGGAUGGGUGGGAAUUACUGGAGAUCUGGAGAACCUGGAUGAGGCACUUCCUUUAUUCUUAGCUACAGCCUCGUGGGUUGUUUACUUUGAUCUCUUCUAUGCGACGCAGGAUCGUCCGGACGACGAGAAGAUCGGCGUAAAGUCACUCGCAGUCUUGAUGGGAAAGAAUGUUCAGAUCCUUCUGGCCGCUCUAGGGAUUCUACAGGUAUUGCUUUUUGCUAUCACCGCACUGUGGGCGGAUAUGUCGCUCAUCUUUUGGGUGCUGGGACUUGGUGUAUGGAUGGUGAGUGUGCCGUGGCACAUCUCGUCAUUGGACCUAAAAGAUCGACACUCAGGCGGCCGUGUUUUCAAGUCGAAUAUCAAGCUGGGCUUGUAUUUGACCGGUGUGUCUUUGUUGGAGCUCUUUGUGGUACACGUAUAUGAUGUUUCCGUGGCAAAUCUCAGGAUGGAGCUGCGUUAG